GCCCUCGGCCGCGGGCGAGCACCGGCGCAGCGCCCGCCUAAGAUGCGCUGCGAGCCGGGGCCGAGAGUGAGCGCGGAGCGGAGCCCUGAGCACGGAGCGGAGCCGUGAGCGCGGAGCGGAGCCCUCAGCACGGAGCGGAGGAGCUGUGAGCGCGGAGCGGAGCCCUCAGCGCGGAGCGGAGGAGCUGUGAGCGCGGAGCGGAGGAGCCGUGAGCGCGGAGCGGAGCUGUGAGCCCUGAGCGGAGCCGUGAGCGCGGAGCGGAGGAGCCGUGAGCGCGGAGCGGAGCUGUGAGCCCUGAGCGGAGCUGUGAGCGCGGAGCGGAGCCCUGAGCGCGGAGCGGAGCCCUGAGCGCGGAGCGGAGCCGUGAGCGCGGAGCGGAGCCGUGAGCGCGGGACGGAGCUCUGAGCGCGGAGCGGAGCCCUGAGCGCGGGACGGAGCUCUGAGCGCGGAGCGGAGCCCUGAGCGCGGGACGGAGCCCUGAGCGCGGAGCGGAGCCGUGAGCGCGGAGCGGAGCCGUGAGCACGGAGCGGAGCCGUGAGCGCGGAACGGAGCUCUGAGCGCGGAGCGGAGCCCUGAGCGCGGGACGGAGCCCUGAGCGCGGAGCGGAGCCGUGAGCACGGAGCGGAGCCGUGAGCACGGAGCGGAGCCGCCGCUGCGCCGCCCCCGCGGCCUCUCCUGCCCCCGGGUUGCCCGCAGCGGGACACGCGCGCAGGGAACGCGGAGCCGCCACGGCUGGCUCGGCUCGGCUCGGCUCGGCUCGGCUCAGGACUGUAAAAUGGAUUUAGGAUUCAAAGACCAUAACAACAGGACACAUACCAAGAACACCUCUGCUGCAACAAAGAAUUUUUCAGCCUGGGAAGACUAUAGGAGUAGUGUUGAUGACAUGCAGUACUUUCUUAUUGGGCUGUACACACUUAUAAGUCUGGCUGGCUUUGUGGGAAAUCUGCUUAUACUUACAGCCCUGCUUAAGUGCAAGCAGAAGACAGUAAUAAACAUUCUCAUUGGAAACUUGGCCUUUUCUGACAUCUUGGUUGUGCUGUUUUGUUCACCUUUCACGCUGACAUCCGUCCUGCUUGACCAAUGGAUGUUUGGCACUGUCAUGUGCCAUGUAAUGCCCUUCCUCCAGUGUGCAUCGGUCCUAGUUUCAACUUUGAUGUUAAUAUCUAUUGCUGCAGUCAGGUACCGUAUGAUAAAGUACCCUCUGUCUAGCAAUCUCACAGCAAAACAAGGCUAUUUCUUAAUAGCCAUCAUUUGGGCCUUUGGCUUCACAAUUUGCUCCCCUCUGCCAGUUUUCCAUAAAACCGUGGACCUCAGCAAAACUCUCCAUUUAGAGGGGCUGGAGAACAGGCUGUUGUGCAUCGAGGCGUGGCCUUCUGAUUCCUACAGGAUCGCCUUCACGCUGGCUCUGCUGCUCGUGCAGUACAUCCUGCCGCUGGCCUGCCUGACCGCCAGCCACACCAGCGUCUGCAGGAGCAUAGGUGCCAGGCUGUCCAACAAGGAAAACAGGCUGGAAGAAAAGGAGAUGAUAAACCUAACCCUUCAUCCCUCCAAGAGCACUGGCACGCAGGUUCAGCCCUCCAGAUAUUCCAGGUGGAGCCGUGCCUUUGGCAGAAGGCACCACAGAAGGUACAGUAGAAAGACUUCAAGUGUGAUGCCAGCUAUUUCAAGGCAUCAUCAGGAUACUCAUUCCAGAGAUCUCCCAGAAACCUCUGACACAGAAAAAAGCCAGCUCUUUUCCUCCAGUAGAUUCAUCCCUGGGAUCCCUAUCUGUUUUGAAAUGAAACCAGAAGAAAAUACAGAGAUCCAGAACAUGAUUACAGUAUCCCAGUCCAUCAUCAGAAUUAAGACAAGAUCGAGGAGGGUUUUUUGCAGACUGACAGUUCUAAUACUAGUUUUUGGCUUCAGUUGGAUGCCUCUUCACCUUUUCCACAUUGUGACAGAUUUUAAUGCCACUCUCAUUUCCAACAGGCACUUUAAAUUAGUAUAUUGCAUAUGCCAUUUGUUGGGUAUGAUGUCCUGCUGCUUGAAUCCCAUUCUCUAUGGGUUUCUUAACAACAGCAUAAAAGCUGAUUUAAUGUCCCUUAUUCCAUGCUGCCAAAUACCAUGAUUUUAUGUGCCCCAAGAUAAAGUAAAACAAACAGCUAUGGCUUUCAAGCCUAGUGGUGUGUAUAGCUGUAAAAGCUAAAUUAGUUUAGUUUAGUUAGUCUGACUUUGUUGUGAUUAGUAGCAUUUUUUUGUGGAUGGAUAGUUCUAUGGCUGCAUGUAUUUCUUACAUUGGGCAGAAAUAUAUGCACAUGUUGUAGUAUUCUUUUAUCUGUUACAUGUAUGAAAUCAUGCCCAGUGUACAAAACCAGAAUGCCAUCUUCAUUACCCAAAUUGUUGGCAACCUGUACUUUGGAAUUACACAGAAUAUAUAAUGAGUAAUAAAUGUGAGACAGACUACUUAGGCAUAUCAGUAUUAACUGUCAUAAAACUACAAUAAAAUACAUAUCAUUUACUA